AUGGCACUGAAGCUCACAUCUUUAGCAUCAUCCCAAUUGCUUCGUCGCCGAUUACCAUUUGUUGGUGCUUUCUGUGUGCUUAGCUUUGGACUUUCGAAUUUUUAUCCCCCUCUAUCAAUCUUCUCCCAAUCGGGUUUUGCUCAUUCCCUCCCAUUUCCUCCUCUUUUGAGAUCAAAGGUUGAGAGCAGAAGCGUCCAUAGUACCAACAUCAGGAUGGAAGCCAGCAGCAAAACGGUUCCCAGCAUUGUUGUUUAUGUUACUGUUCCAAAUAAAGAAGCAGGUAAAAAAUUGGCAGAAAGCAUUGUUAAAGCUAGGCUUGCAGCAUGUGUGAACAGAGUCCCAGGAAUCGAAUCCGUUUAUGAAUGGAAAGGGGAGAUACAGACCGAUUCCGAGGAGUUGCUUAUAAUCAAGACUAGGGAAUCACUUUUGGAAGCUCUGACUGAACAUGUGAAGGCAAAUCAUGAAUAUGAGGUACCAGAAGUCAUCGCGCUACCCAUAACUGGUGGCAACAUCCCAUAUCUGGAAUGGCUAAAGAACUCAACUCGUGACUGA